AUGUCGAUCGAGUUCACGCAUCAGAUUAUUCGUCCAACAUGUGAACCUGAAGAUAGGGUUCUCACAGCGCAAGGCCAUGUCAUCCCUCUCAUGGAGCUGUCCCAGCGCCUCGUGGAGCAGGGCAUCAAGGUCACCUUCGUCAACACGCAGCACAACCACGACCUCAUCCUUGCCUCCCUCCACCUCUCCAAGUCCCAACAUGGCAGCAGCCUCGGAGGGGUCCACAUGGUGUCCCUACCAGACGGGCUCGCCGACGGCGAGGACCGCAAGGACCUCGCGCUGCUCACCCAGUCCUUCUCGGAUGCCAUGCCCGGCGAGCUGGAGAAGCUCAUCGGGAGGGUCUACCAAUCGGAAUCCGAGUCCGGUGCGUACAGGCUGACGUGGAUCAUCGCCGACGCGAGCAUGGCGUGGGCGUUUCCCGUGGCCAAGCGGCUCGGCCUCCGGGCCGCCGCCUUCAACCCGCUGUCGGUGGCCAUGUUCGCCACGAGGAUCCGCAUCCCCGAGCUGGUAAGGGACGGGGUGGUGGACGAGAAAGGCCUGCCGAAGCGGCGCGGCACGUUCCGGCUGGCUCCGGGGAUGCCGCCCAUGCGCGCGACGGAGCUCUCGUGGAACUGCGCCGGCGACCCCAGUGGCCAGCCGGCCAUACUGGACUUCAUCCUCCGGAACAACGCGGCCACCCCACUAGCCGAGGCGGUCGUCACCAACUCCGUCCAAGACCUCGAGCCGGGAGCCAUGGCGCUCUUCCCCGAAGUCCUCACCGUCGGCCCGCUCCUUUCUGACUCCUUGGACAAGCCGGUGGCGAGCUUCUGGGCCGAGGACGCCACCUGCGCGGCGUGGCUCGACGCGCAGCCCGCCGGCUCCGUCGUGUACGUGGCGUUCGGCAGCUUCGCCAUCUUCGACCGGGCGCAGCUCGUGGAGCUGGCCGAGGCGCUGGCGCUGACCUCCCGGCCCUUCCUGUGGGUGGUGAGGCCGGACUCGGCGAGCGAGGAGUGGGUCGAGGACCUCCGCCGCCGCGCCGGGCCGCGCGGCCGCGUCGUGGGCUGGUGCCCGCAGCAGCGGGUGCUGGCGCACGCAUCGACGGCGUGCUUCCUGUCGCACUGCGGGUGGAACUCAACGCUGGAAGGGCUGGUGAAUGGCCUGCCGUUCCUGUGCUGGCCCUACUUCACGGACCAGUUCCUCGACCGGGGCUACAUCUGCGACGUGUGGCGGACGGGGCUGCAGGUGGCCGGCGAGAUGACGACGGGGACGCUCGUGGGGAGAGAGGUGAUACGGGGCAAGGUGGAGGAGCUGCUCGGCGACGGGGAGAUCAAGGCCAGGGCGCUCGCGCUGAGGGACGUUGCUCGCGGCGCCGUCGCAGACGGCGGGUCGUCGCGCCGGAAUCUCGCACGGUUCGUGGACCUCGUCCGAGGAUCAGUGACCUAGCUAGUCCCUAGAACACCAAUAAUCUGCCAAGUCCGAGGGAGCGAUGACAAUGACAUCGUGCAUCCCAUUUACCAUUUACCAUGCAUCCCAACGUCUAAAAUGUCUUCGACUUCAAACUGUGGCUAGCUGUGCAUCCCAUUUACCAUGCA